AUGAAAUCCCCCGGUUUAAUAGACCCGGACUCUAAAUCAGAAUUUUACGCUUUCAAGGCCGUUUUUACAAACCUCGACGCCAGUGGAAGAAUUGGUCCAACAACGCUAGGCAGUCACUACAAAGGACAGGAUCAUGACGGACAAGUUACGCUGUCCAGCGGAGUUCAACAGUGGACUGUGCCGUACACUGGUGACUACAGAAUAGAGGCAAUAGCAGCUGGAGGAGGGUACGAUAUACGCGCUAACAGUAUUCAGUACCGAGGAAGAGGAGCAAGAAUGAUUGGAACGUUCCGCUUAAACAAGCGUGAAGUCAUUCAAGUACUUGUUGGUCAAGAAGGAGGAAUAAACACGAAUUCAUAUUCUUCUGGAGGUGGUGGAGGAACGUUUGUGGUGAGAGGAGCCAACACACCAUUGAUAAUAGCUGGAGGCGGAGGAGGGACAGAUUAUGCAUCGUCAAGACAUGAAGGAUGUGACGCAAGUACAAACACAACAGGGAAUCCUGGAUACAAAUCAUGGUCAGGGGGGAGCAAUGGACAUGGUGCACAGACUGCUGAUGAUGGAUGGUCAGGUGGUGGUGGUGGCGGGUUUUAUUCAAGUGGAAGAAGUGGAAAGAAUUUUAAUGGAAUAAAAGGAUUGGGUGGAGAAGGUGGUAAGGGAUUUAAUCAGGGAGGAGCGGGUGGAAGAGCCAGGUAUUACUAUGUCGAUGGUGGGUUUGGUGGAGGUGGUGGAAGCUAUGGAUGGGGAGGAGGAGGAGAAGGAGGAGGAGGAGGAGGAGGAGGAGGAUAUUCAGGGGGAAGCAGUGGAAAAGGGACUCCUGAUUCCUGUGGGGACAUCGACGAGUGUGCUACAGAUACCCACAACUGCAGCAAUGAAAACGUCGUUUGCCAAAACACCAAGGGAUCAUUCAAGUGCACUUGUAAACGUGGAUUCACCGGGGAUAUACACAACUGCACAGACAUCGACGAGUGUGCUACAGAUACCCACAACUGCAGCAAUGAAAACGUCGUUUGCCAAAACACCAAGGGAUCAUUCAAGUGCACUUGUAAACGUGGAUUCACCGGGGAUAUACACAACUGCACAGCUUUGAAGGCCGUUUUUACAAACCUCAACGCCAGUGGAAGAAUUGGUCCAACAACGCUAGGCAGUCACUACACAGGACAGGAUCAUGACGGGCAAGUCACACUGUCCAGCGGAGUUCAACAAUGGACUGUGCCGUACACUGGUGACUACAGAAUACAAGCAAUAGCAGCUGCAGGAGGGUACGAUAUACGCGCUAACAGUAUUCUGUACCGAGGAAGAGGAGCAAGAAUGAUUGGAACGUUCCGCCUAAACAAGGGUGAAGUCAUUCAGAUACUUGUUGGUCAAGAAGGAGGAAUAAACACGCACUCUUACUCUUCUGGAGGUGGUGGAGGAACGUUUGUGGUGAGAGGAGCCAACACACCUUUGAUAAUAGCUGGAGGCGGAGGAGGGACACAAUAUGCUGGGUCAAGACUUGAAGGAUGUUACGCCAGCACAAACACAACAGGGAAUCCUGGAUACAAAUCAUGGUCAGGGGGGAGCAAUGGACAUGGUGCACAGACUGCUGAUGAUGGAUGGUCAGGUGGUGGUGGCGGCGGGUUUUACUCCAGUGGAAGAAGUGGAACGAAUUUUAAUGGUCCCAAAGGAUUGGGGGGAGAAGGUGGUAAGGGAUUUAAUCAGGGAGGGGUGGGUGGAAGAGCCAAGCAUUUCCAUGUGGAUGGUGGGUUUGGUGGAGGUGGUGGAGCUUAUCGAACGAUAGAAGGAGGAGGAGGAGGAGGAGGAGGAUACUCUGGGGGAGGCAGUGGAAAAGGGAUUCCUGAAUCCUGUGGGGGUGGGGGAGGCUCUUACAACAAUGGAAGCAACCAGGACAAUGAAUGUUGUUUUAACAACGCUGGUCAUGGUCAAGUGACUAUUACGUUCCUGGAGUGAAAAAACGUUUAUCUAAUAUGAUAAUGGCACUUAGAAUUCAGCUUUCUUUGAUUGGCAUUCUAAUUGACUGAUAGCACUCAGUUAAAGUGCCA